AUGCUUGUUGGCCGUCAAAGUCGACACAAGACGGUCGAGUCGAACCGCGGCGUGCAAGACACAAGACACACCGAGGUUUGUGACGAUGGCCGCUGCGUCGAAGUGUCGCAACAUGCAAUUUCCCAGAAAAGAAGCAAAAAGGGAUGGCAUGGCGGCAGCUCCGCGGGGAGCUGGCCCAGAAUGGGCUCAGCGAACUGCAUGUCUCUGGUGGUCUGGCUGUCCGGUGUGCCUGGAACCGGGAUCGAUCGUGCCAGGAGGCCAGCUGUCAGCGCUCGACGGAGGGAGGGAGGGGGUGGACGCGCGCGGUGCAGCGCAGCGCUGACCGGCCGGCAGGGGGUGCGGAGUGCGUCUCGUGGCGGAAUGUUCUUGUUUGUUUUUGCCUCUGGGCUGCCUAUCCGCGCCGCGUGA